GUGCGCGCGUAAAAUGGCCAAUUCAAAAAUUUUUAGUUGUUUGAUAAUAUUUUUUGUCGGAGUUGGUUGCGAGGGUAGUUUUAGGGGGGCGAUUAGCCCCAUUUACGGUUUAGCCUCAUUGGCUAACGACGAAAAUUUUAAUCAAUCGUGUUUUAAAGAGUUGAGAGAGUUUAAACAGGCCGUUGACGAAGAAAAACUAUGGGCAAUAAAAGUUUUGGAUUCGAGUGGUAGACCUCCAGUAGGUUUCCUCUACGGCGACAAUUUGUGGAUAGGCUCCCAUACGCAAUGUAUCGACAUCCAGAAUCGGAAACAAUUCGAAAUAAGACUGGAAAAAGCCAAUCACACCGACACGCCGUUCGAUUAUCCACCUUACCAGCUCAGAUUUGCUAUGGUUAUGAUGUUGCACAACAGUACUUUUCAGUAUCAUAUGAGAUUGCCUUUAGAUUAUGUAGUUCAAUUAGGGCUGUGCAUACCAAAAUCGUGCACCAAAGAAGACGUUUUAAAUUUAUCAAAACGAUAUUUUUCGAAUUUUACUUUGGAAUUUCAAAAAGAAUUUCAUAUGAGUUUGGAUGUUACACAAGUGAGGCUUCUAGAAGAAAAACCACUGGGCAUUUUAAUGCUUCCAAAAACUAUAACAUUUUUGGUUUUUAUGGCGAUUAUAUUAAUUUUUACUGUCUUUGGUACAAUAAUUGAUGUCAAGCAACACAACAGGCAUAAAAAUAUGAUGCGAGGCAACAAUAAUAAGUUUAAUAAUAACGGAAAGUUAACUGAAAAUGGCUCAGGAUUGCCUCAAGUUGAGCUACUUUCAACAUCAUCAAGCGAAAACCAGCAGAGCUCAAUUCUAGUUGAAAUCCUGAAAUGUUUCUCAAUAUAUUCCAACGUGAAAAAAUGGACAAAAACCAAACUAUCCGCGGAAUCCUUGCCAAUUAUUCACGGACUAAGAUUUUGGGCAAUGGCUUGGGUGAUAAUAGUCCACACGUCAUUUUUUCAGGGUGACUUUGUCAGAAAUCCUCCGUACGCUUGGAGGCUGACCGAAAAUUUCGCUGCUCAAAUUUUCUCAAAUUCUACCUACUCGGUGGAUACUUAUUUGUUUUUGAGCGGAUUUUUGUUGGCCUAUUUGUUUUUCAGACAGACCAAUCCGCAUGAAGUGGAUCAGAAAGCCAACAGUGUAUUUGUUAAUGUUUACAAGUUCUUUUUUAUGUAUUUUAAUAGGUUUUUAAGACUGACACCGACCUAUUUGAUAGUCAUCUGGCUCUGCGAUUUGAUUUACACCUUCUACAAUCAAAAAUCGUCUCUGUACUUUAGCGAACGACCAGAUUUACUGUGCGAUCAAUAUUGGUGGAGGAAUUUUUUGUACAUCAACAAUCUCUUUCCUAGAUCAGAAAUGUGUCUGAGCUGGUCCUGGUAUUUGUCUGCGGACAUGCAAUUUUUCACUUUUGCAUCGUUUUUGUUGCUACUAUCGACAAUGUUUUUCAAAUUUGCUUCUUUCCUAGUUAUCCUAGCGAUUCUAAUAAAUAUCGCUGCCACGUCAUACAAAUCUUACUCUAUUGGAUAUAUUCCUACACUGGAUGACCAAUUAGAACAAUUAGAUGCCAUUUAUGACUUGCCAUGGAAUAGAAUUGGUCCAUAUAUGGUUGGACUAAUUACUGCCUACAUCCUAGUCAUCAAGCUAAAAAAUAAAUUAGUUCUAAAAGAGAGGACAAGACGUAUUCUCUGGCUAAUAUUCCCUUUAUUAAACAUAUGGAUACUAUUCACAUUAUACACCAGACAAAUUUCGGUAGAAUUUUCGGCAUUUUACAUGGGCACUUCCAGGACUUUAUGGGGUGUAGGCAUUGCCUGGUUUGUUGUGGCUGUAUCUACAGGAAAUGCCAGGCUCCUGGAAAAAUUAUUGUCUUAUAAAGCUUGGGUGCCUCUAGGAAGAUUAACUUAUUGUGCGUAUUUGCUGAAUCCUUUAGUAGUUACAAUGAUUGCCCUGGGUUCCGAGGCUGGAAUAAUUAUGUCAAUACCGGCAAUGGCAAUAAGCGCAACCGGUACAAUCCUAAUAACCAUGUUGAUGUCUUUUGUGUUUUCCAUAUUAUUCGAGUCGCCGUUUAUUUUGAUAACUAAAUUGAUAUUUACGGUGUCUAAGAAAUCUCGAAAAACAGAGGAUAAUAAUGGGACUCAAUCAACUGACCAGGAAGAUUAUUCUAAUUCGAGCACUAUUAAUUCAACAGCUUAAAAGGUUUUCAGAAUUUCAGUCUGGAAAAUGUUUUAAGUUUAUUUUUUACCAGUGUUAUAUUUUUGAUUCUGUGAUAUUAAGUAAUAUAGGCAAAAAAAUGAG